AUGUCUGUUGAACGACAGCAUCCGUCCAGCGCCUUCAUCUCCACCGUCGUCUCCGCCCUCCACACCGGUCCCAAGGAUCCCAGCAGUGACCUUCGACCCCGACUGCCAAAAAGUUGUGCUCGCUACCCGACGGCUUCCGAGUUGGUGCUCCUGCCCACCGGGCCGCCACUGAAGGCCUACACCUUCGCCCUCUUUGAUAGCGGAACAAUGAUCCUCCCCAACCCAGCCCUGUUCGAGGACGACCAGGCCCACGGAUCCCUCUCCCUUGUAAGCUUUGUCGUCCCGCCCCAGCCCGACGCUAAGCUGUGUGUGGAAAAAGGGACUUACAGGACGUAG